CCCAGCAGCGACGUCAUACACCAACCAGGUGGCCUUCCCUCCUCUGGCCCAGUCCACUGUGUACUCUGCCUUCCCUCAGACAGGCCAGACCUACGGCCUCCCGCCCUUCGGUGCUAUGUGGCCAGGCAUUAAAACUGAGACAGGGCUGCCUGAGGCGCCCUCUGGUGGCCAGCCUGGGUUUCUCAGCUACAGCACCGCAUAUACCUCCACCCAGCCCGGCCAGCUGCACUACUCAUACCCCAGCCAAGGCUCAAGCUUCACAACAUCCAGUGUGUACUCCAGCAUCCCUUCAGCGACAGCCGUCCCCACAACCUCCCCCACAGCGGCCCACCAAGUAAGGACAAGACUCU